AAUCAGCUUUCGAAGAUUGAAAUUGUAUUUCUAUGUAUGAACGUUUUGAGUUUUGCAGAGGAGAUUGCCUCUUAUGUAUACCGCGUGCGUGGCGGGGUAGCGAUGUUUGCCAACAGCACGCAUCGGAAGCACUGGAUUUUCAGCAAUGCCGAUGAACUUCUCACCCUGAGGCGGACGGCGCAGACCGCCUUCCUCGAUUCUGUGUCUAUUGAUGAGGAGGAGAAAGGCAAGGCAGCCCCGCUGACGCUGAAGGAAGAGCAGCGCCUCACGCAGUACUACGUGAUCAAGCUGCGAGAUGUGGCCGCCGCCUUCCAGCCACCGGCACCCUGGUCUGUCGUGGGUACUGCUACUGUCUACUUGAAACGUUUCUUCUUGCGCUCCACGGCCAUGGAGCAUCCCGUCAAGAUGAUCAUGUACACUUGCUUGUAUCUUGCGUGCAAAAUUGAAGAGUUCAACCUGUCCGUCGAUCAGUUCCUGAUGGCCGUCCCGGCUGAAGAGCAGCACACCGUGCGCCAGUUUGUGCUGCAGAACGAGCUGAUGCUGGUGCAGAGUCUCCACUUCCAUCUGACCGUGCACAACCCGUACCGGCCGCUGGAGGGCUUCCUCGUCGAUAUGAAGACCCGGUGUCCAGUGUCCAAGGGGAGCAAGAUCCGGAAGAUCGCCGACCAGUUCCUCGUUCACGUUCUCAGUUCGGAUGCUCCGCUGUUGUAUAUCCCAUCUCAGAUUGCGUUAUGCGCUAUUGUGUUGGGUGCUCGUACAAUGAAAGUCUCGCUUGAUAAAUAUUUGAACGAGACACUCGGUGCUGGGCAGGACGACACGAAGAUUGCGGCCAUGAAGGCAUCGCUGCAGCGCAUCGAAUCGACGGUGGCAACAGCCGAACCAAACGGCAUAAGCAAGGAGGCGGCAGCUGAGCUGGAGACCCGGUGCCAGUUCUACCAGGACAAGUUUGUCUCGGUUCACGGUGGCCGCAAACGGCGGUAUAGCGGAGACAGCGACGACGAGCUACCUAUGAAAAUCCUUGCUGUGUGAACGCCGAGCGCUGACAGAGCACUGCGGAGCAACGCCAUCGAGUUCAUGAAGACAGCAACCCUCGUGGAACUACGCUUUACAUCUGCCUUGCCGAAGCUAUCGAGUGACACCAUCUAGACUGUAUGCAUUGGACGCCAUGAGCAUCGCACCCGUUCCGGUCGCAUUCAGUGUAGUCCGCCCAUUGGGAACGCAUGCCACUCUGAGCAGCAAACGGUUGCUAUCCUGGUUUCCCGGCCUGCUCAGCUCCUGCUGGACACGCAUAGCUGUGCAGUAGCCCGAAGAUGGCAAUUCUUACAGCCGAUCUGCUUCUUGUCUCUCCUGCUCCGUUACGUGGUGCAACGUUGAACUUGUUAUGCACCGUUACGCAGACUUUUACUGUUGUGAAGCAAUCCUUAAAUAAAAAUCAAUCAAUCAAUCAAGAGAGCAGAGAGUUAUCUGGUCCGAUUGUGCCGGUGACAUGCCAGCACCAGUUUUAGUCACACUAUCUGAAUGAGAGUAAUGCCUGGAUUGAAUAGUUUUUCUUCUUAAUGUUGCUGCUACUGUGCAUUAGCUGUGCUGUUGUUGAUCUCAAGCCCUGCUAAGUUAUAAUAAUCAUCGUCAUCGCCUGCUUUGCUUUUUUAUUUUUUUAAUCUUAACAGUUUUGCCUUUGCCUGCACGUCACCUGAGGAGAAGGCAUGGAAGUUUAUUUGUGAAACGUUUUCGAAAUGUUGAUGGUGAAGAACCUGAAGUUUGUGAUCUUUUAUCUUGUGUUCCAGCAUUAUUGUCUCUGAGGAAACUUUUAUAACAUCUUGCCAACCAUUCUCGUUUUUAAUUACA